AUGGAAUCUACAUUGGAUGAAAUUGUUAAUCUAUCAGAUAAAUUCUCUGAAAAACAACAACAACAACAACAACAACAACAACAACAACAACAACAACAACAACAACAACAACAACACUCAAAUCUAUCAUUUAAGAAUUUAGUUGAAUUUAAAAUCAUUGUUGUCAAAGACUCUGAAAUUGAAAUAUAUAUAUAUCUAUAUUUGGUUAUUUUUAUUAUUAUUAAUGAAAUUGAAAUUCCAAAUGGUGAAAAUUGGCCAAUUAGUGAGCAUAGUGCUUUCAAUUUACAAAAAAAAAGAAAAACCAAUUCUUUGAGAUAA